AUGGCUGCCCCCAGUCGUCGGGUUGCCAGCAUCGGUGCUCCUCCCACCAUCACAACUGACCGCGGUGCCCAUUUCGAGUCUCACCUCUUCCAAUCUCUUCUCUCCUUUUUGGGAUGCUCUCGCAUUCGCACUACAGCCUAUCACCCUGCUGCCAGCGGGAUGGUUGACCGUUAUCGCCGACAAUUGAAAAGCUUCCUACGCGCUGCAGAGGGCCUGGAGAGCUGGAUGGACCAUCGUUCCCUGGUCAUGUUGGGCAUUCGCUUCUCUCUCAAGUCAGACCCUCGCUGUUCCGUCGUUGAACUCGUGUUAGGUACCACUGACCGACUUCCGGGUGAGACAAUCACGCCGACUCCUCCAGGUGCGGUCGAGGAUCCUAUCAACCUUCUGCACCCUCUCCGGCAAUUUGUGUGGACACAUCCCCCAGCUCCGCCCAGACCAAGCGUCUCUGAGUCUUACGUUGACAAAGACUUGGCGACAUGCUCUCAUGUCUAUCUACGGUGUGAUUGA